GCUGCCAUCUUGGAGAGAUGAGAAGAAAAUGUCUCAAAUUAUUCUUGUUUUUUCGGUGAUCUUGAAUUUGUAACUGGUGAAUUSCAUAAAAAAUGAGUGAUAGCGAAGAACGAGSUAGUGAAGGGCAAGAAAUUGAACCAGCUAUUUGGGCAUUAGCUCCAAGAUUACAUCAAGAACAAGGACCAGUGGAUGUUUCUGCUAGUCCAGCAUUUCAGUGUCUCGAUGAGCUUUUCUCUCAAGGAAAGAUUGCUGGCGAGAAAGUUGCUAAACUUAAAUCUAAAUACACCAGUCUUCAUGACAGACUAAAAACAACUAGAGAACAGGAAUCUUCACUUCUUCGUCAAGCAAAAGAGAUGCAUCAAGAAGUUCAACGUCAGAGAGCAGAGYUAGAAAAAGGAGAUAACUUUCCUGAYGGCGACAAUACAGAAGUAAAUAAACUAAGACAAGAACUCUUAAACCAUCAUAAUGAAUUGGCACAAGCUGAUGAAAGACAAUAUCAAUUAGAAUUCAAACUUGAUGGACUUAAAGAAGAAAAAAUAAUGCUUGAAAGAGAGUAUUCACGAAUGCCCAAACCAGGAGAAAUUGAAAAACAACAAAAGGAGUUGCAAAAAUCWAUYGAUGACCUGAAUAAGGAUGUUGCACAAAGAACUGUUGACAUAAAAGGGYUKAAAGAAGAGUUGGAAAGCAGAGARGAAAAAAUUAAUGCAAUCAGGAAAGAAGUGGAUGARGAUUUAGAGAAYCAGCAAAGUUUGAGGGAUGAGCUGGUCCAGAUACACUCUCAGCCUGCACAUAUCUCCAAACAAACAGAUCUUAUAUCAAGACAGUUCAAGGAAGUUGAAGAGAAAAGAAAAAGAUUYGAUUCAGAUCUUGAAGAAGUCAUCAAAGAGGUACAAAGAAUUGAAGGAAGAAGGACUUAUCUUGAAGAUGAAAAGCAGGAGUUAUCUGAAGCAUUAGACAAACAGAGACAUACCUAUGAAUCUAAGGAACGUGAAGUUGAUCUWAUUAUGAAGGAAUAUGAACUAGCCAAGGAAAGACAGUCAGAGUUUAUUGGUGAUCGUGGUACACUAGACUUGAAUCUCAAACAUGCAGCAGUUGAGAAGAAAAUCCAGCAUGAUUUACAUGCACGAAAACUAAGAGAGAAAGAAAGAGAUUUAAAAGCUCUGAAGAAGAGUGAACUCCAGCUAAAAGUUGCAGACGAAUCAUUAUCACAUGUCAAAUCUAUUCAUGACAAGGUCAAAGGACAAGUUGACAGCCGACCUAGAGAUGAUGGCACCCUGAUGGAAAAGCGCAAAGAACUUCAGAGAGAAGUUAUUGCAACGAAAAGAACUCUUGCACAACAGAAUGCUCUAACAGCAAGAGAAAGAGUUCGAGUAGAACACAUGAUCAAUGAAGAAGAAAAAUUACUCAUGGAACAGAGUGAACUUAGAGUAGAUGUCAUUGAUCUUACAAGACUUGCACAGAUCAAAGCAGAUGAGAGAGAGCAAAAGGCAAGAGACUACAUGAGAGCUGAGUUAAGGUAUCAAAGAGCUCUUGAAGAUCUUAAAACAAAGAAUCUUAACAUCCAAGACAGCGCAAAGAAAUAUGCAGAGAUGCAGCACAAGUUGUCAGACUUUGCCAAGCUAUAUGAUGUUAUUAAAAAUGAACGUAAUAAGUGUGUGAAUCUAAUCCAAACCAGUACACAGAAAGCUGCCGAGAUGAGAGAGAAAAUUAAAAUUUUACAAAACGAAAUAGAAAUCCUGCGCUCCAAAGUCAAUGCUAAAGACAGACUUUUGCAAAAAGCGCGUUUACGAUGCAACAAUGCUGUAGUGAUUCGCGAUAGUUUACGGAAUGAAGAAAGCAAACAGACAAAGAAUGACGAAGAAAACCGUGAAAAGCGUGAACAACUGCGAUUGGAUAUUGCAAAACUGAAUGAGCUUAUCAACAAAGCUGAAGAAAAUAUGGUUCAGCUUCGCAAACGAUACGAGGGGAGCGUACAAGAACGAAACGACAUGGGUAUUAAGCUAAUUGAACGAAAUGAAGAAGUAUGUGUAUUUUAUGAAACGCUCAACAUUCAAGAUACUAUGAUAAGAAAUGGAGAUGUUGAGCUCAAAGCUCGAGAAGAAGAAAUUAGAUUCCUAAAAAUGGAGUUAAACGAGUUACGCCGAGGUAUUGGACUGGUCAACAAGAACAUGCCAAACAAGAGAGCACUUGACGAUGAAUUAGCUACUUUACAGAUUCAGCUUUUAGCUUGCCGUGAGCGACUAGAAGACCUGGAGAAAGACCUAGAAGACCCAACAAAUGACGAGCGAAUAAGGCUUCUUGGUGGUGUGGAUCCUGAGCCUGAAAUCCUUGCCAAAAAGAUUGAAGAACUCGAACUACGUUUGUCAGAGAAAGAAGAGAAACUUUUAGAGAAAGACUUGAUUUACGAGGAAGUAAGUCGUCUUGCUGAUCGAACCAAGACAAAGGCAGAAACUGGCAAAGAAGACACUCUUGAGCUCGCCAAAAAGGUCAACGAUUAUCAAGCUAAAAUCAAAGAUACUACACGUAAAAUGAUGGCGAUGGUWUCAGAACUAUCCAUGAAUCAAGCUAGUGCCAUGAAACUACARCAAGCUGUCAAGGAGAAAGAGCAACUACUAGAACAGGCUUACAUUAGAAUGGAAAGAGGCGAAGCUCCUUCAGAUGACGCCGAGAGGGAGUGGUUACGAAUGAUACGAGACGAACAGCGCAGAGAAAAUGAAAGACAAGCAACUCAACAGAGAGAAGAAGAAGAAGAACAUUAUCGAUUACCUGGAGGAAUUUACACUACUGCUGAACCUCGACCAAAUGCAUAUAUCCCGGAUGAUGAUUCCGAAUUACCAAUCCCCAGACCUUACGGUUCACUCGCACCGUUCAAACCAACGGAGCCUGGGUCAACGAUGCGACAUAUAAGAAAACCAGUAAUAAAGCCCAUUGAAAUAUAACUGGAUUAAUUGUUAUUCUCUAUAGAGAGAUUAAUGUACAUGUAGAUAUGAAUUGUAUUUGUAGAAAUAAAUAAAUAAACUUAUAUUGAUUUACUUGUAACUCA